AUGGAUGUUCUUAACUUUUUUCUCAUUGUGACAGCGAUCGUUUCCGCUCUACUUCAUUCCAGCCAAGCUCAAGGAAAUGAAAUUCUGCGAUGCAAAUCAUAUGGUGAGCCUCAUUUUCUCACAUGGCACUCCGAAAACACUCUCAAUCCGACUAGCAACACGUGUGUUGGAAAUCACAUGUUCAAACUUGUGCACAACAGAUAUGUUGAUUUCGAUGUAAAGGUGAUCGCUGGAUAUGGUGUCGACGUUACAGUGAACUUUCUCGAUGGUGCAGGAACAUCUCUGUGUUUAGCAAAUACAAGUAACUUUAAUUUUUAUGUUCAGCCUCACUGUUCGAUGUAUAAUAUCAUCGCAACGCUCAUCAAGACAUCCGAUGGUGAAACGUUGACUUUGAAACAUCCAGAAGCUAACUUCUUAGCCAUUGUUAUUCACACCAACGCUUUACCACGUCAAUACACUAUAGAGAUGUUUCAACCACGUUCGCUUAUGUUGGGAUCUGAAGGCCAAUGCAGUAAGGCUGAUUGUUUUCCAACACGCAGUCUACUGAAUGAGCCUGCACAACCGGCGCCACGACAGACGAUUACUAAAGAACAAGCUCGAGACAUUUGCGAGAUGUAUUCUAUCAAUUAUUUGAACACGAUUCAUCGGUCGCCUGUUCAACGAAGUGCCUAUUUCAAUUCUACUAUACGACAAACAUUAGAAGAAUGUAUUUAUGAUGUACGAAUUACUGGCGAGCCAGCUGCAGCAGCCAAGGGUAUCGAAAUACUCAUGAUUCAGGAUUUGAUAGACGGCGCCACUAAUAUCGAUGAAAUUGAAAGCCAUUUUAAUGCAGGGGUUAUGCGAUCAUUCAAAUGGUUGAACAAAAUUACUUUCGAAUCACUGCUUGGAGUUCAUAGACGAUAUCCAAAGAUCGCUUAUGAAACCAAUCCCAAACAAAUGGACAUCAAGUUCAACGACGAUUAG